AUGCCUCUCAAGGAAAAGAAGGCCAAGAAAGCCAAAAACGCAGUUCCGGACAUAGAACCGGUGGAUGGACUUAGUGCAGUGGACCGUCAGUUCUUCGAGAUAACUAUUAAUGAUUUGAACCAAAAUUUGGCUCGUUUGCGAGCUCACAAUGUCAAAAUUGAGGAGCGAAACGAAGAACUGGAGAAUAAGCUGAAGCAAAUCGAAGAAGAUCGGGCAGCUUUUUUGAAUCGAACGCUUCAGGAAAAACUGGCCGUUAUCAUCGAAUUGGAAGAUAAACUGAGCGAGUUAUCCAAAGUUCGGGAUCAGGAGAAUGAAGAGUGCCAGAAAAAGAUUGUUAGUUUGGACGCAAAAUAUAAGGCAAUGCAUGAACAAUUGACCUCCGAAAUAAAGCUUCUAACUGGCAAACUGAAUUCCAUGGAAGAGUUCCGUAUGCUGCGUGAUGAAUUGAUGGCUAAACUUGAUGCCCAAGAUACAGAAUUGAAAGAGCAAAAUAAGAGGAACAAUACAACUCUGUAUGAAAUGGAACGCAAGGUUAUAUUAGGUGCCCGCCAGACUUUCAAAGAGGACGAACUGGAAGAUGAUCUUCCAUAUCCGGAAAUAAAACGCAAGCGCUUGAUAGCAGAUCUUCUGAACACGUUGACAGAACUGGAGUUGAAACCUUUGGUGACAGUCUCCGUCGUGACUAUUCCAGAAGGUGCGGAAGGUUACGAACAGGGUGAUCUUGGCUUCAUACCACGGGAAACAAUGGACACGAUAAUUGCGAAAACACAGUUUUCCUAUCUGCAAAUAUUAUAGAUUGCAAAUAUGCAAAUAUUAUAGUUAAUCUAUAAUAUUUGCUAUCUGCCAGACUCACCUUUGAUAAGCUCGGAUGCCACCUCAAUGGCAUCGUGCAUGGAUCAGGAAAGUGUCAGUCUGCAUAUUGGUUCCGGAAGUGACUUGAUCCUCGAUGUGGUCAGUGGUUCACAGUUGGUGUUCAAGGGAUCGGAAGAGACAUUUGAGGAGGCAGGUGAAGAGGAAGCGGAAGAAGGAGGUGAAGAGGAGCCGAAGGUGAGCGAGGAGAAGAUCAAACGAGAAGGUAAAGAGGUGGAAGAUGAACAGCGCUCGGCUGGGGAGGAAGGAAAUGGGCAUGCAUCGGAAGCUCGAUCAAUGGACUGCAGAUUGACUGCAGAGUCUCAAGCCGUUGGAGCCCGCAAUCGAACACCGGGACGUACACUUGCCGCUGGCCGUGAGGAAGACCCUUAUCCGCUCAUCACAGUCGAGCCGUUCCAGUCUACGUUCAACAGUCGUCCCGAUCCUGUGUAUGAAUCAGGAGAGAGGGUCUUCCGGCAACCAUUUUCAGGCAAGUACACUCCUAGUAGGAUAGGCUCACUGCCUGACAUCUCACGUGAUUCCAGCCGUAGUGUGGUUAGUGAACUUCAGGCCGCUCCGUAUAUCGUCCCAGCCAGCCCACCACGAUUCACCGCCUCUGCCAGUUACACCUACCAGCGCUCGGCAUUCCUCAAACCACAUGAUAUCUGUUUACUACCAGAACGUGAGAGGGUUGCGCACAAAAAUCAGUCAGCUUCGUUUGAUGUUAUCCAGCUGAGACUAUGA